AACUACAGAGCUAUUUUAUACUUUUGUAAUCCAAAGCUGCGAUGCUGUCACCUAAAGCAGGCCUCAGGGAAAAACUGAAGGGGAAGAUCCGCGACAGGAGUCAAGAUAAACACCGGAGAGGCGUCUCUGCGCCGACCUCAACCGAGCCGACCUCAACCGAGUCCAACAACCUGUCCCCGGGCAACGCACCUCAAACAUCCCUGCCGACGUUCCUCAGUCAAGAUUGCGAAGACACGCCAAUAAGAGAACUUUGGAAUGUGGCAUACGAGAAAUUGCGAGAAGAAGACAGCAAACUUAUUCAAGAGUACGAAAUUAAGCUUCAAGGAUGCCUGCCCGCCGCCUUGGGCUGCGUGCCAAACUUAAAAGAGAGCAGAAGAGAGUGGAUGGACACCAUACUCAAACAUAAGAUGCAAGAGAUGCAAGGUAAUAUCUGGAAAUUGACAUUUGGAAGUUCGGAACUUCAACUCACUGGAGUUGUUCAAAAUAUUUUGGGAGUAAUCAAGUCAGUCAAUGACUAUAUCACUCCUGCGGUCAGCUCCAGUUCAUAUGCGUCUCUAGCCUGGGCUGGUGUUGGUGUAUUAUUGCCACUCUUUUUAAAUCCUAUAGAGCAAGCUUCAGCUCUAGCGGAAGGACUAGAGCACAUUUCAUCGCUCAUUGUCCAAAGUCGAAUGCGAGAAGAUCUAUAUCAUCGACGCUAUGAGUUAAACAGCUUUGCGCCAUCUGCGAUAUCAAGAUCCAUUUACAAGCAUACUUUAGAGGAGUUAUACCGGCAAAUAUUAAGAAUUCAGAUAACAUGCUAUUGCUACUACGCUCGUGGCGAAACCUCACGCCUGAGUCGCGAUUUCGCCAAGCGAGAUGAUUGGCGUAAUUUGAUAGAAAAGAUUCGCGCCCAGGAUUCCCACUUUAUCAAAAUCAGUGAGAUUUGGCACGAAACCCAGUACAAUGACGAAUGCGUUGCAGCACAACAGCGGCAUCAAGAGACUAUUAAUAGCUUAACUGUCGUUGGAGCAGAGUUUUCUAGCCUCAAAAAAGCAGUGGAAGACGCAAAUGCAAAGAAGGAUCAUCAAGACCUAAUGAGAUGGUUAUCUGAUGUCGACCCAUCGCCAAUCUACAACACGGCCCUGAACAGGCACGAAGCUGGUACAAGCGAGUGGUUGCUCACAAGCAAUCAAAAAUUUACUACUUGGAUGGAGAGCCCUCGAUCUUUUCUAUGGCUUCAUGGGAAAGCCGGCUCUGGGAAGUCAAUUCUAAGCUCCUCAGUCAUCAAAUAUCUAAAGGAUAGAUAUGACGAGGAUCCAUCAGUUGCAAUCGCCUACUUUUAUUUUAGCUUCAGCGAUCAUAAAAAACAAGAAAGAGAUGCUGUCAUGUGCGGAUUUUCUGCUACUUAUAUCGUGAUUGACGCCCUGGACGAAUGCCCCAAGCUCAAGGGUGAACGAGCGGAGCUCAUGAAGAGCCUGAACCACAUUCUUACAGCUACGGCUACGGCUACGGCUACGGCCAGUAAUUUCCACAUAUUCUGUACGAGCCGAAAGGAAGCAGAUAUAGAUGUCGAGCUUCACAACCAUUUAUCCAGGCCAGAAACUGCAGAGAUCAACCUAUCUUCUUGCAAGGAGGAGAUGGAGCAAGAUAUCAGCCGGUAUAUAGAUUCAACCUUAUCAAACGCCAACUACAACACCUGGUAUCCAGCUAUACGGGCUGAGGUAAAAAGGAAAUUGAUUGAAAAAUCAGACGGAAUGUUUCAGUAUGUUCGCUGCCAGUUUGACAUUUUACAGAAGCUUAAAUCCCCAGCCGAGAUCCAGCGAGCCCUGGAAGAUCUUCCUCAAGGACUUGAUGAGACAUAUGAAAGGAUGCUGCGAAAUAUAGACCCGAUGUUUCAGACACAAGUAACAAGUUGCCUGAAAUGGCUAGCCUUCUCCCUCUGCACUUUGACAAUAGAUGAGUUUGCUGAGAUAUUUAUUCUGCGGCCGGAAGAUGAUACCGUCAUCCACGAAAAGGAACGCAUUUUCAGCUCAGAGGAUAUCUUGACAUAUUUACAUGGACUUAUAAUUGUUGAGGAAACCGAAAAUUUUUCCAGAAAAUCGAAGUUUGUCUGCCUAGCUCAUUACUCGAUUAAAGAGUAUCUGACUUCUGAUCGAAUUUGCAAGGAUCUCGCACCAGCCUUCUCGUUUACCGAUGUCAACGCCCAUCUCUGGAUUGCACGUUCAAGCCUCGCUUACGUGCUAUACAUGAGCAUUACUUACAAAGUUACCGAGAAUGCUGGGAAAUUCCUGAAUUAUUGCUUCGAGGAUAAUCGCGAUACACUGAAGUGGUACACAGCCAGAAAUUGGCCAGAUCAUCUUGAAAAGGUCCCUCGCCAAUGCUGGCCAGCUAAAGUUGUUAAAAUGGCGAUAACUGCUCUCUCGAUUCGAAGCCAGGGUUUAAUUAUUACACUCCUACCAUAUCGUUCGUUGAUGUAUGGAUAUGGCGACAUCAGCCAAGAACAUUUACAACAUCCAUACUAUUUUACUGCUCUAGCAGGAUACAGUCAGUUGACUGAGCUAUUGCUCUCAAACGGCUCAAGCACAAGCAAAUAUUUAACGCAGGAGGAUAUGGAUUUUACGCUACGGAAUGCAGCUUGGGGAGGUAGCAAAGAACUUGUCCUAUCUCUCCUGGAUAGAGGUGCGGAUGCCAACGCGAAAGGUAGCACUCGGUAUUGGAGAGAGGGUGAUGCAUUACAGGCGGCGGUUGACAGAGGUUAUUUGGACAUUGUGAAAAUACUCCUUGAGAGUGGCGCUGAUAUAAAUGCGCAGUGCGGUAGAGAUGGUUCAGCCUUGCAAAUUGCUGCACGACAAGACGGGCUAGAGAUGUUGGAGCUCCUCAUCAGCCACGGGGCUGAUACUAACAGCCCAUCGAACGUAGUCGGAUGUGUCCUUUCUUCGGCAGCAAAUUGCAAAGCUAAUACCAGACACCUUGAGUUUCUGCUGGCUAACGGAGCCGACAUAAAUAUGCGUGGCACUGGAGAAAAUGAAAAGACGGCGCUUCAUACGGCAGCAGGCAGGGGACAUUGGGAUAAUUUCAACCUGCUGCUGCAAAGAGGGGCCGACAUCAAUAUAGGCGGAAGAUACGGAUUUCCUCUUCAUGGACUGGCCAAUGUUUACGCCGAUGUGGAUGGAGCGCUUUUGCAAAUGAAACGCCUGCUUGAGAUGGGUGCAGACCCCCGUGCUCAGUGCGAGGAGCUAGGGACUGCGUUACAUGUUGCGUGCUCGAACCAUUCCGAUCCCAUGCAGAUCGCACAGUUCCUGGUUGACAAUGGUGUUGAUGUAAAUGUCGUGGCAGGUAUUCAUGGAACGGCUUUGCAGGCAAGCGCGUCUAAUGGGAGGAUAAAAAUGGCAGAAUGGCUAUUAGCGAACGGGGCCAAUGUGAAUCUACAAGGCGGCCGAUACGGGAAUGCUCUCCAGAGAGCCUGUCUGCACGGAAGUCUGGACAUGGUGCGAUUACUGCUUGCCCAUGAUGCUGACGUGAAUGCUCAAGGCGGAAAAUUUGGAAACGCGCUGCAAGCUGCCUGCACGUUUUACCACGACUCGGAUUCGACAACCAUGGUGCGCUUGCUGCUUGAACGCGGCGCCGAUGUAAAUGCAGUCGGUGGUUAUUUCGGAACGGCAUUACAAGCUGCAUGUGCGCAUGAGGGCGGUGGUUGUGACGACGACGGCCGCGUUGGAAUAGUGCGCAUCCUACUCGAAUGCGGCGCAAAUAUCCAUAUACAGGGAGGCAGCUACGGCAGUGCAUUACAUGCCGCCGCCGCCGCACCUACCUACAGUCUCAAUCUGCUGAAACUCCUAUUAGAACACGGCGCCGAUGUUAAUCAAGUUUCUGGCGAGUUUGGCACUGCCAUGCAAAGUGCGUUUACCGUAGAGGAGAAAGUCCUGAAACCAUGCAACUAUACGGUGGACCUAGAAGUUGAUCACAUUGUUUUUAGAGAUAUGUCUGCCAGCAAAAUCCGGUUCCUUCUUGAAAAUGGUGCCGAUACUAAUCUCAUGAGCGGCAAAUAUGGCUUGCCUCUUCAGUCAGCAUGUGCAGCCGAGAGCCGUUAUGAUUUGCUACUAUCAACCCAUAUUCGGAUGAUGGAUGUGGCGACUGGAAUGAUGAAAGUUCUCCUUGAUCAUAACCCAGCGACUGAUAUCAACGCUCAUGGUGGAAUUUUUGGCACAGCUCUACAGGCGGCGGCGUACUCGGGCCAGACAGCAUCAAUAAGCCUGUUACUAGAUCGGGGGGCACGUGUCGCAUGUCACGACUGGUGUGGCAAGUAUGGCUCUGCGUUAAACGCUGCUGUCAUCAAGGGCCGCUGGGAUAUUGUGCAUCUUUUACGAGAGGCCGGGGCGAGGCCUUAUUGCUACUCAAUGCGGAAACCUGAUGAGGAAUGGCUUCUUCAAGUCCGACAGGAGCACGGUCGAGGAGCAGAGGAGAGAUAUAGGAAGUUUUGGGAAUUAGAGAAGCCGGUACAUGAGCAGACGCUGCCUCCACGAAGUAGUUUACUCAUUACAAACUACAUCUCAUGGCUCCUCAUCCCAUUUCAACUGCUUAUCGCUUUCCUGACAGCAAAUUUCAUUCGUCUGAAGAAGAAAAGAGAAUAA